AUGGAUUUUCUUACUCAAAAACCCAACGAGGUUAUUAUAGCAAUGACAAGCAAUGGGUGGAACAUAUAUUAUAAAGCAGGACACCUACCACUACUAAACAUUCAAGGUUUUGUGCUUGCAAGUCCAUUGACUGACGAUUACUUGGACUUUAAUACAAGAGUUCAAUAUGCUCACCAACGAACACUUAUAUCAAAUGAGUUAUAUGAGUCAAUUAAAGCUAGUUGUAAUGGAGAUUAUAUCAAUCUUAAUCCGAACAAUACGAAUUGCAUGUCAGAUUAUGAAGCCUACUCGGAGUUAGUCCGUUACAUAGACAUGUAUCGAAUUACGCAACCAAGUUGUAUCAAAGGGUCUAACAAGAAUCGAAGAAGUCUCUUUGAUGACCUCGAAACUAUCCACCAAUCAACAUUUAGGUGUCGGGAAGACGAAUAUGCGCUCGUUGAAUUGUGGGCAAAUGAUCCAAAUGUUCGAAAGGAUCUCAAUGUUAGAGAGGGAACGAAAGGGCAUUUCAAAAGAUGCAAUCAUAGUGAGGCAUAUAUAAAGAAUGUUCAUAGUGUUGUGGAAUAUCAUCAGAAUUUAACCAACACAAACCUUCGAUCUCUAAUUUACAUCGGCGAUCUUGAUAUGGCGACACCUUAUAUUGGUGUACACUCUAUAAUCAAGUCACUUAAUUUGAAGUUAAAUAGCACUUGGCGUGCGUGGUUCGUUGAUGGUGAAGUGGCAGGGUAUACAGAGGGAUACAAAAAUAAUGAUCAGUAUCACCUUACUUAUGCGACUGUUAAGGGAGGGGGCCAUGUAGCUCAAGAGCACACGCCUAAGGAGGUUUAUGAGAUGAUCCAAAGAUGGUUUUCAUAUUAUGAUAUCUAG